AUGCUAACUGUACAUACGGGUGUAGGUGAUAAGACAGUGCAACCCCGGCCUGCCUCGGCGACGAGCAUUCCCGGCCUUCUCUCACUCUUCCAAAGCGAGUGGGAUGCGCUCGCACUUGAGACCUAUAACCUGCGCACGCACGCUAGUACGGUGCGAAAACAACUCUGCCAGAGCCUCUAUGAGCAUGACGCCGCGACACGGGUGAUCGCGCGGCUGUUAAAGGAGCGCGACCGUGCCCUUCAGCAGGUUGAUGCACUCGAACAGCAGCUGCUCGAGUUCCGCGCCAACUACGAUGCCGGAGCCAUCGAGGUGGGCCUAGAUGAGAACAGCGUUGGCCGCAUUGAGGAACUCGCGAAGGCGCUAAUGGCGGAACGCAAGAAACGUGACCUAAGCACCUUCACACGUGCAGAUGAAAUCGCAAAGUUUCGCCAAAUAGGCGACUACAGGACCCACAGCUCUACCACACCCGGGAUUCUUUCCGUCGCAUUGGACGAGUUCGGCUACGGGUGCGGUCGCAAUGCGUGCUUUACAGGUGGUGCCGACGGCAACGUGGUCUACUUCGACCUGGAAACGGGCAGGACGCUAUCGCGUUUGGUCAGCCACAUGAAGGCUGUGAAUUCCGUGGUCACGCAUCCGUAUUCUAGCAUUGUCGUAUCAGGCUCCGACGACAAGACCGUGCGCAUGUGGCGUGCAGCCGACGACGACGGUCAUGAGUACAAGUGCAUGCACGUGGUGAAGAGUAGCAAGGCACCCGUUGUGAGCGUGUCUUUGCACGCUAGUGGCGAGUAUGUCUUAGCGUGCGCCUCGGAUGGGCUAUGGCACCUUGUCGAGCUGGAAUCCGGUCGGGUGGUUAAGGUCUGUCGUGACCUUCCUUCAGUCUGCUCCACCGUUCGUUUCCAUCCGGAUGGGUUGCUCGCUUCCGGUAGUGGUGUUGAUGGUGCGGUACACCUAUGGGACCUUCGUACGCAGGAGCUAACCAGCAGCUUGAGCGGUGAAUCGGAAUCACGCUUGAGCUCACUUGAUUUCAGCGAAAAUGGAUACCAUUUGGCGACAGUUUCUGAUGACGGGCGGCUGUCUCUGUGGGAUUUGCGCAAAGGUGAAGCUUUCGCUUCCGUGGACUGCAACGUUUCCCCGUCUGUGGUCCGGUUCGACCGCUCUGGUUUCUCGUUGGCCGUCGGCUCCACAAAAGUCGAGCUCUACAGCAUUGUUGACAAAACUAGUGUGGUUUCCUGCGGCACAAUCGAGGGGCACAGCGGAUAUCUCACUGAUAUGGCUUUUGGCAACGACUCAAAUUUCCUGCUGACGACGUGCAAGGACAAAAGCCUGCGUGUCUUCUCCGCGUGA